UAUGACUCGUAGGUAUUAUACGGCGACAUCAAGUGUCUCGUUAUAUUGGAACCUCUCAUCAUCGUGAUUCGAAGUUGUCUUCACGAGUCAGAGAGUACCACGCGCUGCUGCUGCCUGCAUGUCCGUCCAGGGCUUAUCGCCAUGACGACUGACGACACCUUGAUAGCUUGCCUUCCCUAGCUUGUGUUUCAAGCCCGCCUCCCCCAUUCCGUCUUCAUCAUCCUCCAGGAACUUACAACAUCAAGUCGUGUGAUCUGGUAUCUAGUCCAUCCUUUGUUCAUACCUUCUCAUACUUUAUCAUCACAACCCUCACAUCCAUUCCCUCAUCUUCCUCCCGUUAGUCUUCAUCAUGAAGCUCAUUGCAUCCACCCUUCUGCUGGGUGCUGCUUCAGCAGCCCAGCAGCAGAUCUUAUCAAACCCAUUCAAGGGCCAGAACCCACUGAAAGACGCGGUCAAGCCAGUUGCAGAUGCUUGGUCGAAGUCAUUGAAUCAUCUCGCCGAUUCGAUGAAAGACAUGACGGCAGAGACGAAAGCCCUCUGGGAUGAAGUAGCAAUGCACUUUCCGGAGGCUAUGGAUAAAGCGACAUUCUUCUCUCCACCUAAGCCGCAUACCCGCAAACCCGAUUCUGCAUGGGAUUAUGUCGUCAAGGGCGCAGAUGUUCAGGAUGUUUGGGUUGAAAACACCAAGGGAGAGAAAGAACGAGAGAUUGAUGGCAAGCUCGAGGCGUACAAUCUCAGAGCCAAGAAAGUCAGCCCUGACCUCGGAGUCGAUACGGUCAAGCAAUACAGCGGCUACCUCGAUGACGAGGAGAACGACAAGCAUCUUUUCUACUGGUUCUUCGAAUCCCGAAAUGAUCCUCAAAAUGACCCUGUAAUCCUAUGGCUCAAUGGCGGCCCUGGAUGCUCGUCUCUCACCGGUCUUUUCCUCGAAUUGGGCCCUGCAUCGAUUGACAAGAACCUCAAGCUCAUCAGCAACCCAUAUUCAUGGAAUGCCAAUGCUUCGGUGAUUUUCCUUGACCAACCCGUCAAUGUUGGAUACUCUUACAGUGGCGGCUCUGUCAGCAAUACCGUCGCUGCUGGCAAGGACGUGUAUGCCCUUCUCACUCUCUUCUUCAAGCAAUUCCCCGAAUACGCGAAGCAGGACUUCCAUAUCGCCGGGGAGUCAUAUGCUGGUCACUAUAUCCCAGUCUUCACUUCUGAGAUCUUGUCUCACAAGAAGCGCAAUAUCAAUCUUAAAUCUGUCAUGAUUGGUAACGGUCUUACGGACGGUCUUACCCAAUAUGAAUACUAUGAGCCUAUGGCUUGUGGCAAGGGUGGUUACCCAGCCGUCCUUGAUGACGGCGAAUGCCAAGCUAUGGCAAAUGCUCUCCCCCGCUGCCAAAGCCUCAUCCAAAACUGCUACGACAGCGAAAGUGUGUGGUCUUGCGUUCCUGCAAGCAUCUACUGCAACAACGCCAUGAUUGGUCCUUAUCAGCGAACUGGCCAGAAUGUCUAUGACAUCCGAGGUCAAUGCGAGGAUUCCAACAACCUCUGCUAUCCCGCUCUUGGAUGGAUCAGCGAGUAUUUGAACAAGAAGUCUGUUCAGCAAGAGCUUGGUGUCGAGGUCAGCAGCUACGAUAGCUGCAACUUUGAUAUCAACAGGAACUUCCUUUUCCAGGGCGAUUGGAUGCAACCUUUUCACCGUCUUGUACCAGGUAUCCUUGAGCAAAUUCCAGUCUUGAUCUACGCUGGUGACGCCGAUUUCAUCUGCAAUUGGCUCGGUAACCAAGCUUGGACAAAUGCUCUAGAGUGGCCUGGUCAGAAGGACUUCAACAAGGCCGACAUCAAGGACAUCACCCUCGAUAAUGGCGACAAGUACGGCAAGAUCAAGAAUAGCGGCAACUUCACCUUCCUGCAGGUGUUUGGUGCUGGGCACAUGGUUCCUAUGGAUCAACCUGAGGCAUCUUUGGACUUCCUCAACAGAUGGAUUGGUGGAGAAUGGUUCUGAAAUGUUGAUGCUUGACGAACGGUGCGCAACGGUGGAUUGUAUACUUGAUCAGAAUAUUAUAUGGAUGGGUACGGGAGAGGGCAUCGGCGCAAGACUUUUCAUUUGUUGACAUACGCCUAGUCUGGUUUAAGAUAGAUAAUCAGUAUUGACACUGCGAUUCCUGAGCCGCGCAG